AUGAAAAAAUCAGUGACGAUAUUAUUGUGCCUUAUUUUUAUGGCGUGUCAAAAUAUGGCAUUGCCCACUAGCGAAAAGAGUAACGGAAGUGAGAACGAUCUAAUGGCUACGAUAUACAACGAUUGUCUUAAGAAAGAAUCAAUCAGUUGUAUUAAAUACAAGGUUUUCGCAUACGUCGAUAAAAUGUUGGCGGACAAGGAUGACAUCACGUUGACCGAUGGAAUCACAGUCGUUAAAACUUCCAAUGCCGAGGAAGGAGCACCUAGAUCUAUCGAAUCUACGGAUUUGGAUACACUUCUGUUCGACAGAUUAGGUAGAUUCCUGAGGACUCAUACGGUCAAGGUCGACUUAAAGGGUUCCGAUAUUUUGGGCGUCAUUGAAUCUGCUGGACGUAGUCUCGAUGAUUACAGUGAUAAUUCUGUCGAAGCUCGUGGUAAAAAACGGAAGGCACAGAAAAUCCUUGGACCAAUUCUCAUGGCAAUGGCAUUCAAAGCAGCAGCAUUGUUGCCACUUGCAUUGGGUGCAAUUGCAUUGAUAGCAGGAAAAGCUCUUUUAGUUGGUAAAAUAGCACUGGUUAUCUCAGCUAUCAUUGGAUUGAAGAAAUUACUGAGUUCUCAACAGAAACACGUGACGUACGAAGUAGUGGCUCAUCCCCAUCACAGCAGCAGCCAUGUUGUUAGUCACGACGACGGUGGACAUGGUGGAUAUGGUGGUGGUGGUGGAGCUGGUGAUUAUGGUGGUUACUCUGGUGGCAGUGGUCAUGGAUGGGCCAGAAGUCUUCCACAAGAUGCACAUGACAUUGCCUAUCGUGGUCAUCAACCUCAACAAUCUAAUGCUUGA